UUGAAAUUCUAAAUUGGUACGUUCCACCGAACAUAGACAAUACAUUGAAUUGUGAUAUCAGCGCACUAUCUCAGUUGAUAACGUUGAUAAAUACGGGGAUGGUUGUCUUGAUAUUAGAAAUAUAACUUCAUCACUUUCAUAAGUUAUACACGACGCAAUAAGUAGCUACACAAUCGAAGAGCAACAGUAGGCACACGAUAUAUAGACAGCCAUGUUGUCUUUAAAAUUCAUCGUGCUUUUACUUGUUUGUGCUAGAUUUGGCCUGUGCAAUGUAUCAAUCGAGCUCCCGGAGAUAACACUAUUACAACCUAAAGGAAUCCGUAUGGCCGUCAAAGACCCAGGGCCAGGGACAACGACCCUUGUUGCAUUCCACUACAGCAUCAAUACUCGCCUGGCAGGAGUAGAUCCAGGGGAUUGGAACUACGAUGUCAGGAGUAAAACAGGCGGACUUUGGGUACACGAAAAUCGACUGGUGGAUGUUCAACCAGGAGAUACAGUUUAUUACUGGAUAUACGCAGUUGUUAAUGGCUUGGGGUGGCAGGUCACAGACAAAUCGUAUACAAUUCCAAAUGAACUGGGAAUUCCAAGUUUAUACUCCUGAGGAACGCAAUGUAUACGUGAAAGACAACACUCUCUUCAUACGUCCUACACUCACCGCAGAUAGAUUUGACGAGAAUUUUGUAAGAUAUGGGACAAUGGAUGUGAACAAAUUGUGGGGACAAUGUACCGAUGACCAGUGGUGGGGAUGUUUACGAUCGGCCAAUGGAGGAGUAGUAAAUCCGAUAAUGUCCGGAAAGAUACGAACAAAAAUGUCCUUUAAAUACGGACGUGUCGAGGUUGUUGCGAAGAUGCCAAGGGGAGACUGGAUAUGGCCAGCUAUAUGGCUCAUGCCCCAGCAUAGCGAAUAUGGAGGUUGGCCAAGGUCAGGCGAGAUUGAUGUGUGCGAGAGUAGAGGUAACGAAGAUUAUGGAAAUAUCGGUGUUCAGGAGGCUGGCGUGGCACUUCACUGGGGAACACCAGGGAAUGACAGAUACCUUAUGACAAACGGCCAGAAGCGUUUGUCGGGGAAAAACUUUGGUGAAAAGUUUGUGAAAUACACAUUAGACUGGGACGAAUCCGGCAUCAAGGUUUACUACGAUGAUGAACUCAUUAUGAAUGCACCAACACCAAGUGAGGGUUAUUACAGAUAUGGAAAUCUCCCUGAGAAUCCUUGGCAAAAUGGAGGAAAAGCUGCGCCAUUUGACAAAGAGUUUUACUUGAUCCUGAAUGUGGCUGUCGGAGGCACCAACGGUUACUUCCCCGACAGUGUUCUGAACAGACCCAACCCCAAACCAUGGAGUAACACAUCUCCACGCGCAUCGGCUGAGUUCUGGGAUCGCAAGAACGACUGGUAUUCAACAUGGAAUGGCGAGAACACGGCAAUGCAAAUAAAAUCUGUGAAAAUAUGGAAAGAGGUAUCUGGAGGGGAAGGAGUAGUUCCAACCUCUACACCCUCCAAUGGUAUGCAAUUGAUACUAGAUGACAACUUCUCUACUCUUGAUCUGAACAAGUGGCGUCAUGAAGUAACGGCAAGUGGAGGAGGGAACUGGGAAUUCCAAGUCUACACCCCAGAGGAACGAAACGUGUACGUCAGAGACAACACGCUGUUCAUUAAGCCCACAUUGACAGCAGAUAGAUUCGAUGAAAAUUUUGUGAAGUAUGGCAAGAUGGAUGUUGAGAAACUGUGGGGUAAAUGCACGGACAGUCAAUGGUUCGGUUGUAACAGACAAGGAGACGGAUCUAAUAUCCUUAACCCAAUCAUGUCUGGCAAGAUUAGGACCAAAGUAUCUCUGAAAUACGGCAGAGUUGAGGUGGUAGCAAAAAUGCCCAAAGGUGAUUGGAUCUGGCCGGCAAUCUGGAUGCUGCCGGAGUGGAGCCACUAUGGCGGAUGGCCGCGUUCUGGAGAAAUAGACAUUUGCGAAAGCAGGGGUAAUAAUGACUAUGGGAGCAUAGGUGUCCAAGAGGCAGGGGCAACACUUCACUGGGGAACACCUGAUAACGACCGAUACACCAUGACGCAGGGACUCAAAAAACUGUCAGGACAGAACUUCGGUGAUAAAUUCAUUAAAUACACUACUGAUUGGGAUGCAACUGGUAUCAGAGUCUACUUUGAUGAUGAACUUGUUCUCAAUGCGCCAACACCCAAUAAUGGCUACUACAGAUACGGAAACCUACCUUAUAAUCCCUGGACGCAAGGGGGAAAAGAUGCUCCAUUUGAUAAGGAGUUUUACUUGAUCUUGAAUGUGGCCGUUGGUGGAACUAACGGGUAUUUCCCUGACAGUGUACCGAAUAUUCCCAGGCCAAAGCCAUGGAAGAAUAACUCACGAUUUGGCCCAAGGGACUUCUGGAACAAGAAGAACGAUUGGUACCAAACUUGGAGAGGCGAAGAGGCAGCCAUGCAAAUUAAAUCUGUUAAAAUAUGGAAAAAAGUUUAAUUUUGCAUUUGAUAUUUACCAUAUGAGAAUUGGUUUGAAAAUAGAGAAUGCAUAUUAUAAUUUACAUUCUUGUCUUGUUACAAUCUCACACUGAUAGUAGUCAUGCCUCAAAUUAAGUACCCAGCAAUUGACAUAUAGUCAGUCUGACAGAAAAACAAAUGGGGUAGGAUGUUCAGUAUAUUCUGAAAAAAAUUCCAGAAAAAUGGAAGUAUCUUAAGACAAAUAAGUAAGACGAAGAAAAACUAAUUCAGCAUCAAAACUAAGAGAAAACAAUGAUUUUGGAAAAUCCGUCUUCACAGUGAAAACUAUUCUGAUAUCUUAUUUUGGCAAGAAAGAUCAGCA